AUGGAAACCUUGUUGAAGCAUUGGGGUGAGCAAUGCCGCUGUAACGGCGAAGGCGGUGGGAUGGGAAGCCCCAUGGCCACGAUCAUGGAAUGGGGUGGCUGCGCGCCUCGCGGUACCCCAGGCUCGCGCAUCAUCCUCGGCGCCGGUGCUGGUCCUGAUGGUGUCACUCAGGAGGUCGCUGCCGCACUUUCUGAGAUUGGGCGGCAAGAUGAGCGUGGAGAGCGGCUGGCACGGCUGGCAGCUCGGCGUUAUGGAGAUGACCCGACGCCAAGUUGGCUUAUGCAGAUGCAUCAGGCGGGCUUUGCGUCGACUGGCCGCCAAACGUAUUACGACCUGGUACACGCGUUGCACCUGCGGUUGUUGCAAGUGUUGACGCGGCGUGCAGAAACCCGGAAUCACAUUGCCACUCGUCGGACUGGACAGCUUCAAAGUGUCCUCAAAGUUGCGUCAAAGUCGCGUCGAGUCAGU